ACGAGCGACCUUGCAGCCUCGGUGCACGCUUCCUCCUGCCGCCCUGCCAGCCCCCGCGAGACGCAGGACGCUCAGAGCAGUUCCGAAACUGCAGGCUUCGCAGCGAAAGAAGGUCACAGCAUAAUUAGAAGGAAGGGCAGGAUGGCAGCGGAUGACAGCUCGCAGGACACCUUGCGGCGCCAGUUCAAGGCCAUGCAGGAGAUGCAGCACAAAAGGUUGCAGAUGCAGAUGGAGAAAAGGAAGGAAAAGGAACUGAGCCUCAAAAGCAAAGCUGAUGACAAAGAGGAGUCCUUGGAGAUUUCCAGUGGCCUCAGCCUUCUCCAGGCCGGGGAGCAAAAUUUGAAAAAUGGCUUUGCACAGAGGGUGCUUGAAGAUGAGAUUGAGCAGCUUCGAGAUCAGCUCAGGGAAACAGUGGAUGAGAAUGGGCGAUUGUAUAAGUUACUGAAAGAAAGGGACUUUGAAAUCAAACACCUCAAAAAGAAAAUAGAAGAGGACAGAUUUGCCUUCACAGGGACGGCCGGUGUAGCUGGGGAUGUGAUUGCCACCAAAAUUGUUGAGCUGUCUAAAAGGAACCGGGUGCUGAUGGCGGAAUCAGAGGGUGCGAAAACCAGAGUGAAGCAGCUGACCAAACGCAUCCAGGAGCUGGAGCGGGAACUGCAGGCAGCGCCAGCCAGAUUGCCAGCCAAGGGUGCUACCGAAGCAGGAGGGAAGUCGCCGAAGGCCCAGAUGGGAGACAGAACUUUGCCAGAGACCCCGGUGGUGAAGGUCUUGCAGGACAGGCUGGCAGCCACCAACCUGAAAAUGAGUGACCUCCGCAACCAGAUCCAGGCCAUGAAGCAGGAGCUCCGGAUGGCCCAGAAGGUGCUGGUCAGUGAGGUCGGGGAGGAUGUGAAUGUUCAGCAGCUCCUGUCCUCGCCGGGGUCCUGGCGGGGCCGAGCUCAGCAAAUUCUCGUGUUGCAGAGCAAGGUUCGAGAGCUUGAGAAGCAGCUGGGACAGACCCGGAGCCGGUCUGCAGGCGCGAUCAGUGACGAGCUGCCCAUCUACCCAGACCCAAGGAAGCUGUCUGCACAAGAGAGAAACCUCCUGAGGAUCCGCACGCUGGAAAGGGAAAAACAGGAAAGCUGGGAGAAACUUGUAGGUGAGCGUGAUGCCCUGCAGAGAGAGCUUGAGGAACUGAAGAAGAAGUUUGAGGGCGUGAAGUCCCGGAACAAGGUGCUGUCAAAUGAUGUGAAGACCCUCAGGAGUCAGAUGGGCACCCUAGUGGAGAAGGGCCGGCACGAUGAUGAGCUCAUUGAUGCCCUCAUGGACCAGCUGAAGCAGCUACAGGAGAUUCUGGGUAGCCUGAGUCUGCAGGAGGAAAAGACUCGAGCAUCCCAGCACCGCCUGGACCAGCAGCUCAACAACGAGGCUCAGCGGAGCAGCAGCCUUGUUGCCCAGCUGCAGGCCAUGGUGGCUGAGCGGGAGGCCAAAGUGCGGCAGCUGGAGCUGGAGAUCGGGCAACUCAGUGUGCAGUACCUUCGGAAUAAAGGAGCAGGCGAGGGGUCCCGCGGGCCAGAGGUCAACCCCACCUACACCAAGUUUCCAGAGGACCAGGGCCUGACCAAGUCCCCAGCCUCAGCAGGCGAUCAGGCUGGCAGGCUCGGAUCGUCUCGCUCGGUGACCAGCCUGGGCCACAUGCUGGUGGAAUCUGCUCUCACGUGGCCCUCCAUGCCCAGUCCUCACAGGGCCUCACCCAGGUUCUCGGACUCCCCUGAACAAAAAGGCUGGCAGGCUCAGGUGACAGAGUUCAAGGCCCUCUGGCAGGCCACCGAGGUGGAGCGCGACCGGCUCACCGAGUUUGUCACUGUCCUGCAGAAACGGGUGGAGGAGAGCAACAGGAGGCUUCUGGAGUCUGAGAGGAAGCUGCAGGAGGAGCGGCAACGCACUGUGGUGCUGGAGCAACAUCUGGAGAAGAUGCGCCUGGAGCCUGUGAGGACAGUCGGCUCGCAGAGAGCAGCCCCCAGGAGCAAAACAGGUCCUCCCGCCUCUAACACCAGGCACAACCCACAUGCGAGCGAGAAAAAGGACCCAUCCUCCAGCCAGCUCUCCAGUGUGCCUGUGGAGUCCCAGAUGGAGGAGCUGACCACCAGGCUGGCCAUCCAGGCAGAGGAGAAUGAAAUGCUGAAGGCCGCCCUGGGCAGUGCCCUGCAAGGGAAGGAGGAGGACUUCCGUAUGUACCACGAGACCCUGGGCCAGGUGAAAGGAGUCUUCCUGCAGGCCCUGCGGCAGCAGAAGGUGGACAAGCGCUAGCACGGCGGCUGCGCAGCAGGGCAGCCUCGGGCCUGGAGGGGACCGGUUCUGUCUGAGGACUCCAUCUGCUCCCAAAGCCAGUCUGGGGCAGCCAUCUCAGCCCCUUUUUCCAGAAGAAGUUCCUCAAGAGAGACCAAAGCCAACAUGUCAUGCCAGGAGGCUAAGAAGUCCUGAUGGAGCCCAGAGGAGGCCCCAGUCAGGCGUGGGGACAGCAGGGGAGGAGGCCCCGCAGCCCACUUGGCAUCCGCAGGAGCUCCGGGACGACGCACUUCUGUGAAUGAACACAUGCAGUCCUUGGACAGGUGCUCGUGGCCCUGGCCUAGGCCAGGCUGGGGCUCCUGCGAGCCCACACAGCCCCACAUGCGCAAGCAAACCCUUGGUGCUCUGGGCUGGGAGCAUCACCAAGCCUUCCAGCCCCAUCCUGCCCUCCUCACCCUGUGUCCCCACACCCUACUCUCCCCUCUGGAACUCCACCUGUGGCCAUCCCCAUGCUCUGCAGACUUGGGGGGCUACCAUACUCCCAGUUUCCCUGUUGACCCAUUCCUCAGGGUUCUUCCUUAGAUGCAGGCCCUCAGAAUUGCAAUAAUAAUGAUUUUUCUCAGUCAC